UCUUUCCACUGGUACAAACUCUUCCAAAGUUUUUGAUUUCCUAUUUGCACGUUUUCACUUCUUUACUACCUUGCUAUUCUGUUACUCUUACAUUAUUACUGUUAGUACAUUUUGUAACCACCCCAAAACAUUUGUAUACCUUGUUGUACUCGCCUCCUGUCCAUUCUACUUCACCAGUCAGCAGUUUCAAAGGCAGGCUCCUGAGCUAAUUUCAUCCAUUGAUCAUUUUCUGUUGAAUUGCCACACUGUAGCAAGAGGUCAUUUCAAUAUUGUUCUUCAUAAAUAUGGAAAAAAAACUGUUUUAAACCAUAUUGGGCACUAAAAACAAGUGGACAACUCAAAAUGCAGUGCAAGCUAAUAUAAAUGUUUUGAGCAUGCAAGAAAAAAAAAAAAAAACAGGUCAAACUUUAGUUCCCUAAUUUCAUGCUGUUUUCUUAAAUAACUCCUUCUCUCAGUAGGCUGAAUUGAUUACAGCCAGACAGCACUUAGAAUAUUUUCUGAGAAACUGUUUCUCUUGCAUUGCAAUGCACUGUAUGUAUAUAGUCAGCUUGAAUUUGAUCUUCUUGACAGUCUGUAUUUCAAUUCUAUGUGGCUAAAUGGCUAAACCUGUUUAAUCCUUUUUUGUCGCAAUCAGGUUGUUUAAAAUGUUGAUUUUUCUAGUAGCACUGGAAGCAAAACCUUAAUUUAAAGGGACUGUAAAAGAAUACAUCCCCUACCGAAGCAACUGUUUAAACAGAUCAAAGGCUAGAUUUAAUCAGAGUGCACAGCACUGCUUUGUGACCUGUGUUGCCUCCCUUUUUCUCAUGAUGCUUUCGACAGCAGCUCUCUUUAUAGCACAGACGUAUUUUCCCGAAAAAAACCCAUCUGAUCAUUGAAUUGUUCUUAUAAGCUGACAUCAAUUUUGUUUUUAGUUAUAGAGUUACUCUAUUGUAACUUCUAGUGUAUAUUGGCUACUGGGUUAUUGUAUAAACAUGCCAUUAUAUUUUAACUGUUUUCAUUGGACAAAUGUUUUGUAGGUUUGAUCUUUACAGUAGUAUUACUUUGUACGGUCACGUCUUCAGUAUAAUUGGUACCUUUUCCUGUGUAAAUGAUCAAAUAAACACAACUGCAAAGUAAUAAGGUUGUGAAGAAAAGGGUUCUGUGCUCUUAAAUCAAAUUCCCCUGGUUUUGCAAUUGUUCUUGUAACAGGUGCUAUGUUUACUGUUCCCUGAAUGAGAUAAGGUGUUCAAACAGAGGGCUUUACCAGUAAACAAAAAGGAUGUUAUACAAUGUGUGGCAUUGCAACAAAAUAAUAAACCAACAGUAUCUGUCCAAUUUGUAUACCCAAGUCUGGGUAUAUUACACUGCAGUGUCACUGCUGUUUUCAUAGGAAAUGUGCUAACCAGCCCUCUACUGUAUUCCUGGUAAAACAGAACAGUACAGUACUUUAUGUUAUCCCUUUGCUGUAGUGUCCAAUAUGUUAGAGAAAAUGGGCAUUCAGUAGGUAUGGGAACAUAUCUGGGGCAGUAAAGAGUUAUGUAUUUACUGUAUUAGGAAAACUAAGGGUUUUAUUUCAUCAACCUAUACCCUGUUAUAGAUUUUUUUUAAACCAUUUUACAAUACAAGGAAAUCAUCUUUGAUGGCACCAAACUGUGAUUACCCCUAGGCAAGAGCACUUGAGGGACGUCCUGCGCACUGGGAAUCAGACCCCUGGACCCCCCUAUCCUAAGGGAGCCUCCCACCCCCACCCCAGCAGAGAGUGAGGAAGGAAGGAAGAGAGAGAGACAGGAUCACCACCGCGUCUGUGAUGCCAACCCUCCUCAGUAACCUGACUGAGGGGUCUGGGUGGCUGGUUGACCCCACAGGGGACCCCAGCUUCACAGCAACAGUCCAGACUGGGGUCCCCCUGGCCCCGAUCUGCACGUUGUGCUGCUGUGGCCUGCUAAACCACACUCUGGCCGUAGUCUUCAUGAUCAGCCUGGCGUUCGCCAUCGUCUUCGGCAACGUUAUCAUGCUCACCGUCUUCCUACAGACUCGCCGAUUCCGCACACCGCAAGGAUACCUCAAAAUGUCUCUGGCGCUGGCAGACAUGAUGGUUGGAGUGCUGGUGGCUCCCUUCUCCAUCUACACAGAGAUCACACUGAUGUUGACCAGCUCUCCGCCGGCGUGGUACCAGGGGAGUAAGGGGGUCUCCUCAGGUGGCCUGUGGGGGCCCUGGCAGCCCUGCAAACUGAUUGGGCCUGUGUUUGCUGGUUGCACCUUUGUAUCCAUCAGCACCAUCUUUCUGAUGACUGUGGAGCGCAGUGUGGCCAUACUCAAGCCGUUGCACAAGGACGCUGUGGUAACACGCCACCGCACCCUGCUCCUCAUCACCCUCUCCUGGGCGACCAGCUUCCUGCUGGCCGUGGCCCCUCUGAUCCUCAGUGACGCCUUCACCCUGGAAUACAACGCGUGCAGCCGAAUGUGCAACUACGCCCCCUUGUGGAGAGAUGGGCCGCCACCACCAAAUGGGAAUCUCAUGCUGCUCUUCUCAGCGUUUGACUUCACCUUGCUGGGGGGAACCCUAGUGGUCAACAUCCUUUCUUUCUCCAGCAUCAGACAGUACUCCCGCAAGCGCAAGUUGCUUGCGGAAGGGGGCUCAGGGGGGGACAUUCACAACAGAUGCAUGCACAGACCCUCGUUCUCGGACAUCAAAGCAGCCAAGACAAUUGGCAUCUUGACAUUUGCUUUCACGGCCUCCUUUACCCCCAUCGCCGCAUUCGUGUUAGGCAACGUGGUGGGAUACCAGUGGUGCAACUUCUCCUUCUUUGCCUUCUGGAUCCUGACCUCAAACAGCUGCUGCAACGUCAUCAUCUACAGCGUGCGGGACCAGCGAUUCCGCAAAGGCGUGACGCUGCUCUUCCGCAGAGGCCCUGCACCUCCCCCUGGUGGAGUAGAGUUGAAACUCCCAGGGGGCUUUUGAGGGCUGCCUGCAACAAGUAUUCAGGGGUAGGAUGUACUAAAGUGUUUUGUCUGUCGUAAUAGUCACAAACCACUUGUAAACGAGUCGGAAGUGUAGCGUGAAAUGUACUAAACAAGCGCAGGGCUGUUAGCGACUUUUUAGGGAAUGCUUUGCGGCAGCAGCUUUUCUUUCAGCCUAAGAUGAAAAUGUAGUUCCUGCAUAAAUUUGCAGGGUGGAGAUGAGGGUUCUCAGACAUUAUGAGAUGGCAAUUACACUUACAACUGCAUCAAUUUGUUAAGCACUUUUGAAAGCAUGUUUUAAAAAGUCGCAAUUAGCAAUUAGCAAAACAAUCUGAUAGUGGUUUUCAGGUUAAGAUUAGGUUGGGGGUAACACUGUGAUUUAAGGUUAGGGUUAGCUUUGUGUGUAGAUGCUCCAGGAAGCAUGGAUGUUCCUGGCGCAUUUGGAUACAUAUACAACAUGCAAGUGGGGUGGAUAUGGGGGACUUAACAUUUAAAGUACAAGAAGAGUAAAAGGAAUCAAUGUUUACAGGGCCUUUUCCCAUGUAUACGCUGUCAUUACACAGUUACUAAAACUACAUAUGUGUAAAUAAUAAUUUAAUUAGAAAAACUUCUAUGUUGACUAUGUAUUAAGAAUACCAAUAUAUUUGCUGAUGGGCAACCAAAUCAAUCAAGGGGCUACGAUGUACUGAGUUUGGCCCUUAAAGUUAUUUUUAAUAUAAUUGUUUUCACAAGUCAGCAAAUUUAACUGAUGAGCAACAAAUUGGGUUUUCUAAAAUUGAAACAUAUAUGAUUUUGUGGGUGAACUGCAGUUUGUCUUGUUCAUAAUGAUUUGUGAGUAGUCAAUCACAGCAAUGACAGUGUACCAUUUUCUGACAUUACACGGGUCAAGCUUUGGCACGCAUACCACAUUCUGUUGAUGUACCACUUUGUGGCUCUACACUGAAACCAAGUUUUGAACCUGCAAGGUCACAAUCUCAUGACCCCCCUGCACUCUACAUGGCUGUGCCUUUACUGAGUCAGCCACAGCGGACCCAUUCUAUUUGUAGUUCUUUAAGUGGCUGUGUCUUUACUAAGUGAGCCACAGCGGACCCAUUCUAUUUGUAGUUCUAGUUUGUAGAAUCAUAUCAAUCAAAAAAAAUGAAAUACCUGUGAAAGUAUCAUGUUCUACACAAUUCAUUGAUACCCAUUUAUUGAAGCUCAGUUCCAUAUUAAUAAUCAGCAGCUUGUGUGUAUCUCCCCUGGUAGACUACCAUUGUGAUUGCCAGCCCAUAUUCCAUUUGCAAUGUUUAUUUCAGUAUAUACAUUGAUGUUGCUCCAACCAAUAUUUAAGACAUUUAAGGCUAAUACAACCUCAAGUCUGUAUCUUUAUAAAGUUAGGAUUGUUGCUGCCAAUGCAUAUUGUUUCAAAAUAUUUGUAUUAAUGCAGCUGUAUGUAUUUCAUUUAAAUGUACUGUCACCAAUCAACUGGGACCUUGCAAAGUGACUCUGCUACCUCUUCACCUCCAAACAUUUCUGU